AUGAUACAAGCAGAUUAUAAUCACCUGUCCUAUGUUGAAAUGGUCCAACAAUAGGCUGUAAUUGAAGAAGUAAAAUAUCCCACAUUAGAUCCAAUCGUUUCUAGUAAUGAACAAGGUGUAAAGAAUGAUGAAUAGGUUGAGCAUUCAGCACCUCUUAAUGAAUCAUAGAACAGAGCCCGUUUCUUAACCAGAUACUAUUUUUACUCAAUUCUACAAUACAUAGGAGUUUUAUCCUUGUUUUUAUUGACACAGGAUUUCAGAUUUGUUGAAGUUCUGUGUAUUGUGGAAUAUAGUCCAUUGGAUUAAGAUCGAUAUUUUUAUUAUUCCUCGGAGGAAUACAGAAAUGGAGAGGACUAUAGGAAGCUAUUCGGGAGAUACGAUUCUUUGUCAAAAUACUCAUUCAGGUGGACAUUCUAUGCUUCUCUAGCAUUAACUAUUAUAAUAACACUAAUUAUAGUUAUUGGAAGAUCUUCUCAAAGAAUUACAAGGUAUUAAAAAUGUCUGUACAUUGUUUACAACAUUUUGAUUGCCUUAGAUUUGGGAGGAUUUGCAUGCAUUUCGAAAGGGUCAUGGAGAAAUGAUGCUAAAAUAAUGUAUACAAAAAUUGUGUGUGGUGCUCUAAUUGGGAAUGCUUUCCUAUAAAUCAUGCUGGUUAGGUUGAACAAAUCGCACAGUUAUGGAAAACUACCCAUCAUUUUAAUUUGUCUACUGUCCACAAUCAACAAUCUUCUAUUUGCAUUUGGCUUCAGUUACAAUAUACCAAUUCUAGCUUUUGAAGUUUUAUCAGCUUAUGGAAUAUACUAUUUCAAUCAAUUGAACAAAUCAUUAUUAAAAAGUCCAAAAGAUUUACCGAAGACAUUCAACAUUUUGGAAUAUAUCAACAAAUAAUGCUCAAAACCUGUGGCAAAACUCCCAGAUCAGAUAAGUGCUAAUUUGGCAUAGGUGAAGAACGAUAAUUUUAUCAUCAACAAGAGAUUAUUUUUGGUUUAUUCAGUAAUUUUUGGUUAUUUGAUUUUGCUGAUCAUUUUGGGUUUUAUUAACACUGGAGUUUGCAUCUUUAUAUCAGUAUUGACCCUGAUGUCUUUGUUUGAUACAUAGGUGGCUUCAUAGAGUCUUAAGGAUGAGGAUGUAUUCAUGGCAGUCUGUAUGACAUAUGUUGACUUCUUUAGUCCAAUCAAAAACUUCAUCAGGUCGAUGAGAUAAUGAUAAUCAUUAAACAUUAUAAAUAUUAUAAAUAUUAUAAAUAUUGA